CACCGGAUGAAUCAUAUCCAUUUGACAGAACAACAGACCAAAUCGGUGCAAGAACGUACCAAAAACAUUAAAGACCUGCAUUUUUUAUCCGCAUAUAAUGUAAUUCGCCAAAGUCUAAACGCAACAUCAUUCAACAAACAGCGGCAAGCGGAUCGGCCAAGUGCAAGUGAGAGGCCACAAUUAUUCAACAUUCAACUUUACCCCAAAUAAAACUUCUUCAGUCAAUGCAAAAGACACUGUACAGCCGGUAUUUGCUUGCAUGAAAAAAAUGUUCAUCAACUGGAGCAAUAAUUCCAUCUGGCGUUUCCUUCACUGGGGCCCACUGACUGCAAUAGAGCCAUUGAUUCGAUGCAAAAGAAUGGGUGUGCUGAUGCUGAGUUUGAUAUGAAUGCACCCAAUAUCAUUCAAAGAGUUUAGCUUCUAAACCAAAAUUUCAUUUACAUUCUUUUAAGAGUUCCUGUUUUUUUUUUUUGCUAUUUCAGGUAUCGUACAAUCUAUCACAGUAAUGACCGUAUAUAUGAACGGCAUGUGGUGGCCGGCAAACACUUCCGUGCUGGCGUUCAUUAACCAAACAGUGUUUCUAGCACUGUCCCUCAGUACGGGGUUUUACUUCAUAAUGGCUUCGCUAACAGGGCCUAGCUAUCUGCAAUUGAAAUGGAAACCGAAGCGGGAGGAAGACGAACAGUAUUUACAAUUCUGUCACGUGUGUGACGGUUUCAAGGCACCCAGAUCCCACCAUUGCCGGAAGUGCAAUAGGUGCGUCAUCAAGAUGGAUCACCAUUGUCCGUGGAUAAACAAUUGCGUCGGUUGGGCAAACCAUGGCUAUUUUACCGCCUUCUUAACGUUUGCCGUGCUGGGCUGCAUACAUGCCACCGCGAUCCUGUCAGCCUCGCUGUACGUUGGGCUGUACCGGGACUGGUACAUCUAUUACGGUCAAUAUUCGAAGGUGAACGUAAAGCUCACCAUCUGGAGCCUUGUGUUGUGCGUGUUCAACAUUGGACUUGCUAUCGGUGUCGUUAUCACCGUCGGUGCACUGUUGGUAUACCAGCUGAGGUCUAUCUUUAACAAUCGUACCGCAAUUGAAGACUGGAUACUGGAGAAGGCACGGUACAGAAAGGAGCGCAAUAAUGAAACGUUCACUUAUCCUUACGAUUUGGGCAGAUGGAAAAAUAUGAAGCAGGUGAUCAACAUUACCUGUACGGCCGCCGGUAACGGUGUGGAAUGGCCCGUAGUGGAAGGAUGUGACCAGUACACCUUGACGCGCGAACAGUUAGCACAGAAAGAGGAAAAGCGAGCACGUACCCGUACGUACACCAUACAUCGUCCUGCCACCGGAAGCUGGGUACCGUUACUGUCUCAAGGAUUCAAAGUAUGCCUUUCACCGCCACUAACCGAUGAACCACGGAUUAAGCUAGCAGUGGGUGAUCUCGUACGCGUUACCAGAUGGAGGAAACAUUGGUUGUUUGGUGAGAAGAUUCAGGAAGCAGAGAGUGAGGCGAACGUGAAACGAAUUCGCGGUUGGUUUCCUCGUCAGUGUGCGGUCGAGUAUGCGGAAUAUGACGAUGUACCAACCGAAACGCAACUAUUAGACAAUAAAAGAAAAAAAGAUAUUUAAAAAGCGACCGAA